GACACCUGAGCAGGAGAGACAGAGGAUGGCGUUGGCCAGUGGACACUGGGUGGACAAGGAGGUGAAGGGCGGAGCUCCAAGUCCAAGAUAUGGCCAUGCUUUAGCGGUGGCAGGAAAAGUGGCCUUUCUGUUUGGAGGAGCCUCCAGCAUCAUCCAACAGAACAACAGCUGUGUUUACUUCAAUGACCUCUACGUGUUGACAGUUGACGCUGAAGAUGUGAUGUGGGAGGAGAUUCCUCAGAAUGGAGCAGUUCCAUCAGCCAGAGAAGGACACAGUCUGUGUAUUGUCGAAGGGAAGCUGUAUCUGUUUGGUGGACUGUCACACCCUGAUGCCACCGAAUGUCUGCCUGACGUUUACAGCUUCGACAUCGUGUCUCUCACCUGGGGUUGCCUAGCAACCAGGGGCGUGGCCCUCCGGACUCUCAGACACAGCUCGGUUGCCGUGGGAGACAACAUCUACGUGUAUGGCGGCCAUGUUGGAGGGAAUCCCACCGACAACCUACUGGUCUUCAACACAGUUUCUCGGACCUGGGUUCCGGUCAGAACCAGUGGAUCUCCUCCUCCUGCUCUGUCCGGGCAGACGUGGGCUCUGGUCGGAGAUCAGGUCUUCAUGUUCGGAGGAUUCGGAUCAGGAGGAGAGUUCUGCAAAGACCUGUAUGUUCUGGACACAGAGAAUCUGUUCUGGCAGAAGUGGGACGUGAGAGGAGAGACGCCGACGGCGAGCAGCGGCGCCACGCUGACCGCACACCACAACAAGGAUAUUUAUUUGUUUGGUGGAAAAAUUACCGAUGAGGACGGAGAAGAUACGGCAACCAAUGAAAUCCACAAACUCAGCAUCGCGAACAUGAAGUGGAAGGUUCCUGUGUACGUCGGACUUCCUCCGGCACGACGACAUGGACACACCGCCUUCAUCCUCCACAGCCACCUGUACGUGUUCGGAGGGAAGAACGAGGUGCAGGAGUUUGAUGACCUGAAGGCGAUGAAACUGAUCAAACCUUCGGAGCGGCAGCCAGUGCUGACGGGGGUUCUGUCGGACUCGGGUCUCCAGGGGUUCCACAGCCACGCCCCCAGUGCCGGCCACGCCCUGAAUGAGCCCCCGCCGUCCAAUCAGAGCACACAGGUUUCCAUCUACAGGGACUUCACCUCAGUCCGGGACCAGGCCCUGAAGAUGAUCCAGACUGCCUUCAACCUGCUGGACCGGGAGUUCAGCAGACUGGACCGGGAACGGUUGGAGGUUUCCAGAGCUGCUGCUGCUCUGAACCGAGAAAAGGAGGCCCACGAAGCCCUGAGACGACAACAGCAGCAGGAGUUGAAGGACAUGUUGAUGCAGAAUGAAACGUGGCUUCGUUCGACGACUGAAGAAAACGACCACGAAAGAACGAAGAACGAGGGAGGAGCAUCUGGACGAGCGGAGCAAUGUCCAGACGAACAGUGAACUACGUUAAACACCGACAGGAACCAUCGACCACCACCACCAUUUACCCUGGAACAUGAAUGGAUCAUAUCACAGCUUUCAUCCAGGUGUCCCCACCUGCGACAGGAUCCAACGCACGACCGGGUCCAAUAAGAACAUGAAUAGAAACACAUGUGACCUGUGAGUGGGAGGGGCUUCAGUCAGGUUUGACAUGUACAGGUCCAAUCAUCAGAGGAGAACGUCUACAGAACGUCCAGUCAAGUUCAGGUUCCAUCUGAGGAACUGGAAUUCAACUGGGAUUCAGAAAAACCUCCAAACAUUUACACUGAAUUUACCUGGAAAGAAAAACAGGAAGUAAAGUUCCUGAAGGAGCCCCUGAGGUAUGUGAGGAAACAAAUAUGAACACGUGGUCACGAGUUACUGACACGUGGUCUCAAGUUAGUGAAGAGUGGUCACGAAUUAGUAAAGCAUGGUCACGAAUUAGUAAAGCAUGGUCACGAAUUAGUAAAGCAUGGUCACGAAUUAGUAAAGCGUGGUCACGAGUUAGUGAAGAGUGGUCACGAGUUAGUGAAGAGUGGUCACGAGUUAGUGAAGAGUGGUCACGAAUUAGUAAAGCGUGGUCACGAAUUAGUAAAGCAUGGUCACAAGUUAGUGAAGCGUGGUCACGAGUUAGUGAAGAGUGGUCAUGAAUUAGUAAAGCGUGGUCACGAAUUACUGACACGUGGUCACGAGUUACUGACGUGUGUUCUCAAGUUACUGACGCAUGGUCUCAAGUUAUUGAUGCGUGGUCUCAAGUUAUUGACUCGUGGUCUCGAGUUACUGACGCAUGGUCACGAGUUACCGAUGCGUGUUCUCGAGUUACCGACACGUGGUCUCAAGUUAUUGACGCGUGGUCUCAAGUUACCAGUGCGUGUUCUCAAGUUACUGACGCGUCGUUUCAAGUUAUUGACAUGUGGUCUUGAGUUACCGACACGUGUUCUUGAGUUACUGACGCAUGGUCUCGAGUUACCGACACGUGGUCUCAAGUUACCGACGCGUGAUCUUGAAUUACUGAUGUGUGGUCUCAAGUUACCGACACGUGGUCUCGAGUUAUUGACACGUGGUCACGAGUUGCUGAUGUGUGGUCUCAAGUUCCUUUCUUUUGUAAUGUCAAAGGGGCUCUGUUGUUCCUUGAGUGAGGAUUGGACUUUACAGUUUUCUGGAAUUCUUGGGGGCGGGGCUGUGUGUUGAAGAACUGUGGUUGGUGGAACCCACUGUGGGCGUUCCCCAGUUCCGCUGACCCUCCAUGUUUGAUCCGUCUGUGAACCGGUUUCUUCCAUUUACACCAGACUGACUGGGUUUGUGUUUUAAUUGGUGAAUAUGUUCCUGGUGUUGGUGGGGGAGGGGCUUCACUGUGCAUGGCUGAUGUCAUCAGCUUCCAUUAAUGUCUAAUGAAUGUGUGACUGGUUUGGCCCUUUCUGAUGAUGUCAUAUCCUGCUCUGAAAUACCCAAUCAGGAGUGAGUAGAAUGACCCUGAUCGUGGAUCAGAAC